GCAAAAUGAAAGAAAAAAAGUCAGAAAGAGUGAAAAUUCGUCGAGUUUACGCAAAUACUACAAUUAAUUAAAAGUGCACAAAAAUAGGCUUCUAAGGGCGUGCAGUUUUUUAUUGAAGAAAAGUAGAAAGAAUUGCUCAUAUAACCUGGACACAGGCAAUUGGGGAAAACAAGUGUCGAUUACUGUUCUAAUAAGAAAAACAAGUUCCGCAAGUCCCUCUGUGAAUGUGAAUAUACGCUACUUGUUUCCAAUAAGUUUUUGCUUUCGUCUUUUUGUAGGGCUUAAAAGAAAUUCCAAUAAGCGCAAUGAGAAAGUGAUGCAGUGUAAUAUUGGAAAUAGAUUUGCAUUAAUUAUGCAAAAGUAUCGUCUAUAGAAAAUCAAUAAAAUCUGAUUGCAACGAAUAGAAAAGAACGUUUUUGGAAGUACCAUAAAGUAAGGAGUGCUCCUCCAGACGGCAGUGACACAGCGUUGCUUGUAAUGGCCACAUCACCACGCUCCGUCGACACUAUAUCACUUUGUUCCACCGUUUCCAGUUGCCCAGAUCGCAAUGGCUUUUACGGUGGUUUUCAGCGCACAGAAAAGCCUAAAGAACCACUCUCCAAGGCGCAAAUUAUUGCGCGAGAAAAGAAAUGGUUAUAUAUGAUUGAUAAUUGGUCGCUUUAUAUGUCCAAAAACUACAAAAAGAUUCGUGAUCGCUGUCGCAAAGGCAUACCAAAAUCGGUGCGUCCACGUGCUUGGUUUUAUUUAUCUGGCGCUUAUUUGCUAAAAAAGAAAAAUCCCACUGUCUAUAAAGAAUUACUCGAACAGCCCGGUAAUCCACAUGUCAUCGAAGAAAUCAAAAAGGAUAAACAUCGUCAAUUUCCUUUUCAUGAAAUGUUUCUGGACGAGGAUAAAGUGGGACAAAUCGAAUUAUUUAAUGUAUUAAAAGCGUAUUCCAUCUAUAAUCCGAAAGUGGGCUUUUGUCAGGCGCAAGCGCCGAUAGCUGCUUUCCUGCUUAUGCACCUGCCGGCCGAAGAUGCAUUUUGGGUAUUCGUUAGCGUUUGUGAUGUCUACCUAGAGGAUUAUUUCAUAACUGGUCUUGAGGUGCUGCAAAACGAUGCUGGCAUACUGGAAGGGCUCCUCAAGAAAACCUGUCCGCCCGCUUAUCGUCACCUGCAAAAACACAAAGUCGAACCCUUACUGUACAUGACCGAUUGGUUUCUAUGCGCUAUGACACGUACACUACCUUGGGAAACAUUGUUACGCGUCUGGGAUUGCUUUCUAGCCGAAGGCAUACGUGUCAUUUUCAAAGUAGCACUAGUGAUAAUUGGUGCUUCGCUGAAUCAACAUAAGGUUCGUAAACAAUGUACUGGACUUUGCGAAACAUUAGAGGUGCUACGCUCACCACCAGAGCAUGUGCUCGAGGAGGAGUUCAUUAUCAAUAAUAUACAAAGGCUAAAUUUGCGCGUGGAAGACUUUCAAAUCGAACAUACACGGCAAAAAGCGCGAAGAGCCAAACAGAAAGCUAUGCAAGAAGCAGCAGCGGCGGCGGCGACGUCCACUGCGAUGACGACGACGACAGUGGCAUCCACUUCGCACGGCAGUGCUGUUAGCAGCAGUAGCAGCAAUGGUGCAAGUACUGGAGGUGGCGGCGGAGGCGGAGGCGCUAGCAAUGGUUAUAGGCUGUAAUGUUAGCACAAAGCGCUUAAAGGCAGCGGCGAGAGUGCAAAAUUAAUUGUCGAAAAAGGAAUAAAGCCCGUAGCCGAGUUGAGGAAAGCUAAAAUUUUGGUAUCACUUGAGUUUUCCGUCCUUAACUCGGUUGUGGUAAUAUUUUAACACUUUGUAUUGAUAGAAAUUUUUCUAGGGUGCUAAGCAUUCACUCAAAGUUGUUUUUUUUUAAUGGUAAUAGUAUUUAAGCAGCGAACACGAAUAUAAACAAAAAAAAAGAUAUAUAGAAAUAAAAUAUAAUUUCAAGCAAAAGCAAUCAAACGACUAA